AUGCUCUUGAGAAACAGUAUCUCCCGCCGGAUCCCGCAGUCUCCUCUACAUCCUCGCCUGUCCCAGAUGGCCUCCCAUCUCAUCCACAGCAGCAGCAGCAUCAACAGCAGCACAACCGGUGCCGGCGAGGAAAAGGACCAGCUAUACUCGUCCACGACGACGACGGAUGCUCCGGGUGUCUCGCUGGCGGACAUCACAAAGACAAACAACUUCACCUCCAAGCUUCCCCCGGACGCGGCUUUUGAUACCCCUCUGGCUUCACACAAUGCGCCCCGUGAGCAUUUGGGUCCUCGGCUAGUCAAGGGUGCGCUGUACACCUUUGUCAGGCCAGAGACCACUUAUGAGCCAGAGCUGUUGGCCGUGAGUCCUCGUGCAAUGAAGGACCUCGGCUUGAAAGAGGGCGAGGACAAGACGGAUGACUUCAGGGAGAUGGUUGCAGGAAACAAGAUAUUUUGGAACGAGGCGGAUGGAGGCGUCUAUCCUUGGGCUCAAUGUUAUGGAGGUAAGGUUUUGUUCCUUGGAUUCAGGGUCAUAUUUUUUAUUUUAUUUUAUUUUUUAUGCUAUGAAAUAUACUAA